AGAUUUCAUCCUCUUCAAUAAUAAAUUUUACUUUCAACUGCAAUUUCAAGUUUCGGCAAACGUUUCAUAUUUCCAAUUUAUAAAAUUAAAUAUAUUACCGUGUCAACAUCUAAAUUUUGUGGUACAUUUAUUGAUCAGAAAUAGUUAAAUGAAAAUUUAUUAAAUGAUUCUCUCGCAAACAAUUCAAAUAUUUCUAUUGCUCCUUUGUUUGCACAACAACGGGAACAACGCUCAAACAGAGGGUGAUCUCGGAGAUGAUUUGGAUAUCAAUGGAUUUGACGAAGAAUCAAUUUUAGGUUACGAUCCUCUGAUUGACAAGUUGAGCGAGACCAUCAUUGUCAUGAAGAACCAGACUGCUGUUUUGCCCUGCUCAAUUGAAUACUUGGGAAUCUAUAAGGUCCUAUGGUUAGACGUUCACAAUCUGCCGAUAUCCUUUGAGGAAAAAAGGGUAAUUGACGAUUCGAGGUUCAGCGUGAUUCGUGCAUCUGACAGCGACUGGAAUCUUCAAAUUCGUGACGUCAAAACGGAGGACGAGGGUGUAUACCGAUGCUCCGUCAACACUAACCCUCCCAUCAGUAAAACUGUACAGCUGCAUGUCAAAUUUCCUCCGUCAAUAAUCCACAACAAUGAUAGUGAUAUCACAGUGUACGAAGGAGACACAAUUAAAUUAUUGUGCCACGCAACCGGACAACCAAAACCAAACGUGACGUGGAGGAAGUCAACCAACCAAUCAAAUUCAUGCAAAUUCAAAAGUUCAGCAAUCAACGAAGUGGACUCCACCUACGUAAUGUACAACGUGACGAGGGAUUGUGAUGGGGUGUACCUGUGCGAGGCCACGAACCACGUGCCCCCACCUGCUUCCAGGUCCUUCAACGUCAUCGUCGAAUCCAGUAUGCUAGAAAAAAGUUAUUUAAAUUAUUCAGUUGCUCCAAAAGUUUUCUUGCGGAAUGAUCAAAUUUUCCAAGGAGUUGGAAAAGAAACGAUCCUAAUAUGUUUAAUAAUUGCAUUUCCACAUGCUGUUAACCACUGGGAAAAGAAUGGAAAGCGAAUCACAUCAUCGGAACAAUACUACAUUGAAACCUAUUCGGAACCUGAAAACAAAUUGAUAUUGUCUCUGAAGAUAAAAAUAAAAUCUGAGAUGGACUUCGGAGAAUAUAAGUGCGUUGCCGCCAACAAGCACGGCAGACAAGAAAAAUACAUGCUCUUGAAGGAAAUAAAAUAUGACUACCACACCACCGAUUCGUUUGAGAGAAAGAGAAAACCUACUGCAUUGCCAACAUUCUAUUCAGAACCAUCUUAUGCGCCCAUGUCUUCAGAGUUCUUAUAUUCUAAGUCUGAAUAUGACAGACACACUCUCGGUAAGUUGUCUUUCUUGAUUUCGUUACUGCGUUUUUGGCUAACCUAA